ACGCCUCCUAAAUAACGUGUAUACUUGUUAUUGUUGAUCUUAAUCGUGCGAACGUCGGUCGUUGGGCGAGUCAAGACCGCUAUAAGGCUGCGUGGAGCUAGGUAUCGUGAGCUACAUAGUUUCUUAGUGUUGUUGACUGACAGCUGUUAGCAGUUGCAACCUACAAUUUCGAGCUACAUAUCUGCAGUCGGUCGAUUCGCACGUGGCGACCGUUUUAAUUAAGCAGUUUUCACCUUGUGAGCGUGCCGGCUUUUCACGUAAGCAGGGUGCAAUGCACUUGAUUCUCCUGUCCAGCUCUUGUUGUCUCUGCCCAAACUGGCAAGCUGCACACAGUGCGGGUACCCAGGAGCGACCAAGCGCCACAUAAGCAAGACGAUGCUAUCCUCAUGCUCUUGCAUGAGCACGAAACCCUGUACGUUGUAUCGUCCAUGGUACCCUCAAAGUACUAUUGGGGGCACCUGGUUUCUUGAGCACGGACCGAAAGCAACGAACCGUUCGCGCCUCUCAGCGGGGAGCGUGGGGUCACUUCAUGCGAAAACGUCAUUUUGCAUCGCCUCUCAGCUCGACAAUGACAAGGCUCACGACAGCCGGGUGACAGACCGGUGCUGCGUGAGAGGUCGCGCCGUCGCACACACGAGCUGUCGUACAUACCGAGGCAACGGCCCUGGGUCUUCGAACGCGAAUCCUGGGAUCCGGAGCUGCGGCGCUCAAAUUCUCUCAAGCACGCGAGCUAGAUGCCGGCCUAUUCGAUGUUCAGAUAAGCCUGUGGCGGGUGGCAGAUUCUACGAAGCCUGCCGCCAACCUUCGAGCCCAGAGUUGCCAAGAGGAUGUUCAGCCCGUAGGACAUGCUACUGUCUCUGCAAUUGGAGAAGCUGCAAAGGCCAAGGCAAAGUCAAGAGUUGGAGGCAUUUUCGAGAUUCGAGCCGUGGAUAUUCGGAGUGCCCGAGAGCGGUGGCGCCAUCACAGCGUUCUUUUACGGGCCAAAAGAACCCUGGAAUAACGUGAAAGGGACUGCGAGCAAACAGUACCUGGACAGUACAGGUAUCCGUCAGUCCUGAGUUUGGUGCUGGUCCAACGGUUGGCUUGAAGGUGCCCCACGC